AUGGCCAGAGAAAUGGAGAAGGCAAGGAAGGCCACUUCUUCCCCUAAUAAGAGAUCACCGAGACACGAACAGCCCCUGAGCUACAACAGGCUUCACACUGAGGAGAGAGCAAUAAGGCGGGCCGGUUACAAUUAUCAGGUUGCAAGCAAGAUAAAUACCCAGGAAAUCAUUCGCAGAUUUGAAGAGAAGCUUGCACAGUUGAUGGAGGAGCGUGAGAUAAAGCUGAUGAGGAAGGAGAUGGUCGACGAGGCCUCUGACGGUGCCAAAGGAGCCAAGUUUCCUGAGGCUGAAAUGCUGCAUCGGUGGAGAGUUCCAUCGCCAUUUUUGCUACAAUGGCGCCAAUCAGAAGGCCAUCAAGUAGCAGUCCAUAUUAUCCAUAUAUACAUGCAGAAAUGCACAUGA